UGACAAUAAGAUCAUAAAAGACAGAUUUACUUACUCGAUCAACCUUGUUUAUAAAAAUAGGGAAAUAAUUUUUAAGCAUUUUUAAAAAUAAAUGAAUCUUUCUUAUUUACUAGCAGUUGUAUAAUAAUAAGUGAUCUGAGAUGGCUGGAAACUUUUGGCAAAGUUCUCACCAUCAGCAAUGGAUUUUAGACAAACAAGAUCUCAUACGAGAUCGCCAACACGAUUUAGCUAAAUUGACGGAAGAGGAAUAUCAAAAAAUAUUCAAUUUCUUUGCUAGCAUAAUACAAGUAUUAGGCGAACAGUUAAAAUUGCGUCAGCAAGUAAUAGCGACCGCUACUGUUUACUUUAAAAGAUUCUAUGCAAGAAACUCCUUGAAAUGCAUAGAUCCGUUGCUUCUAGCUCCUACCUGCGUUUUUUUGGCGUCAAAAGUAGAAGAAUUUGGUGUUAUUUCUAAUUCAAGAUUAAUAACAACAUGUCAAACAGUUAUCAAGAAUAAAUUCAGUUAUGCUUAUGGUCAGCAGGAGUUUCCUUACAGAACAAAUCAUAUUUUGGAAUGUGAAUUCUAUUUACUGGAGAACUUAGACUGUUGUCUGAUUGUAUAUCAACCAUACAGACCCCUGUUACUCUUUGUUCAAGACAUUGGCCAAGAUGAUCAACUUCUUACCUAUGCUUGGAGAAUUGUUAAUGACUCUUUACGAACUGAUGUUAGCUUACUAUAUCCCCCAUAUCAGAUUGCGAUAGGAGCACUUCAUAUUGCAUGUGUAAUGCUAGGCAAGGAAAAUUUAAAGCCUUGGUUCGCCGAAUUGAAUGUUGACAUGGACAAGAUCCAAGAAAUAGUAAGGUUAAUUAUCAACUUAUAUGAAAUGUGGAAAAGCUAUGAUGAAAAGAAAGAAAUCCAGGGCCUCUUAGGAAAAAUGCCAAAACCAAGUCCAGCACCUCAAAGAUAAUAAUUGAUGAACUUUUAUAAUAAUAAAAAAAAAUUGUUUAUGGAUGAUUUUAUAAAAGACUACACUAUACAUAUAUAUAUGUUAUUUAUUUAACCUUUACAAAAAGUAUUAAUAUAUCAGUGGUGUCAUGUUCGAACAUGUCCUACUGUUAUUUGGUGGAAUAACAGAAGCCAUUCUGGACUCAUGAAGAGGUGGAAACCUUUUGCUCUUGGAACUACCUCACGAAGGGACAAUGUACUGAUGACCUUGAGACUUAAGUCAAUCGCUAUAAUUGAAUUAGUACAAAUAUAAAAAUAAAAGUAAACACUUUAUAAUAACA